GCUGAAAGUUUAGGGGCGUGGCCAGAUUUCCACUUUCGGUUUCGUGACGGACCUGAAUCGAAACUUAUAAGAUUAAAAUCAGUGGAAACGAAAAGAAAACACGGACUCAGUCGUUAUCGGAGAAGAGAUGUGACGGACGGAGAAAGCAGCAGCAGUGUUUUGAGUUAAACACUUUAUUUWUUUUUUUUAUAAUUUUAUCCAAGUUGCUGCGUCACCACGAUCAUGGCUGGAAACGCCGUGUCUGAGCUGAAUGAAUAUGCGCAGAAAAAGCAGCUGAAACUGGAAUAUAAAUUACUCGACUCAUGUGGACCUGACCACAAUAGAACAUUCUCCAUGAGAGUCAUUUUGGAUGGUGAACCCUAUCCCUGUGGGGAGGGAAAAAAGAAGAGUGAUGCCAAAAAAGCUGCAGCUCAGAAUGCCUUGGAUUGUCUGAAUGGACGUCAAAACUUGGUGGAAAACUCAGCAGACGCUUCCACCCCGGUUGGUAAUUCAAGUGUGAACUACAUAUGUUGGCUCAAUGAAUACGGUCAGAAGAACAUGGUGGAGGUAAAGCCGACGGAGACGACCAGACCUGGACUCCAUAAUCAAACUCACUGGUGUAGGUUUAAGGUUGGUGACAAGGAAUAUCCAGAGGUCUGUGGGAAGACGGAGAGAGAAGCCAAGGAGAUGGCAGCCAAGUUGGUGUAUGAUACGAUUAACGGAAAUGUAACUGCAGAUAUUGCAUCAGCGUCAGGUCACCGUAAUGAGGACACGAAUAAAAAUGAUGCAGAUAUUUGUGCAAAGACAACAAGCCUGAGCAUAAACUCUGAGGACAGCAGUGCAGCAGAUGCAAAAUUUGUUGCAAUCGUCAAUAAYUAUUGCCAGAAGACAAAGCGCUGUCCUUCAUAUAUAGAAGAAGGGAGAACUGGUCCCGAUCAUAAUCCCCGCUUUUCCUACAAAUUAAUAAUAGACAAGAAGGAAUAUCCUGUCGGUGAAGGGAAAAAUGUCAAAGAAGCCAAAGAAAAUGCUGCAAGACUGGCCUGGUCGGCUCUUCGGGAGCAAUCGGACUACGACAGUAAGGUGUCUAUUAGAUCAGCGGUGUCUGAAGACAAGGAGGCGGCGUCCUCGUCAGCACUGUCAUCUACACUGGACUCAGCUGAGCCAGCGUCAAAGAGCGUCCAAGCCAGCUCAAGUGACUUCAUCAUUUUUGCUGAUUCAUCAAACCCCCCCAGGAGCCAGAAGUCCUCGGCAGCAGAGUUUGACAACAGAGCACCUAAUCCACUGAAGUCGUCUGAGUCCUCUCAAAGGCAGGCAGCAGCUGCAGGUGUUUCUGGGAUGACGUCUGAUUCAUCAGGAGAUUCURAAAACCAGAAUGGCGGGGAAAAAAGUAUACAAAAUGAAAAUAAUGCAUCUUUCAGUUCGAGAUUUACAUCAGACUUUGAGAUCAUUAAAUAUCUGGGAAAAGGAGGCUUUGGUUCUGUUUACAAAGUAAAGGAGAAAUUGUUGGACAAGGAAUACGCCGUAAAGAUAGUUCGCUUUAAAGAGAAGGCCAGAAAAGAGGUGAAGGUGUUGUCGGACCUCCAACACGACAACAUCGUCAGGUACUACAACUGUUGGGUGGAAAAUUCAAAAUACGAAGAUGACAGAGUCGGAUGCAGCUCUUCUGAAUCUACAAGAGGCUCAUGUGAGCAGUAUCUCUAUAUAAGGAUGGAAUUAUGCAGCCCUGAAAAUCUGAGAAAAUGGAUAAAAGAGAAGAACAAGAACAACGUGGAAGGCUUCCAGAGGAGAGCAGAAAGUCUGCCCAUCGCUCAGCAGAUUGUCAUGGGAGUCGAAUACAUCCACUUUAACAAUCUCAUCCAUAGAGACCUGAAGCCUUCCAACAUAAUGUUUGGAAAGGAUGGAACGGUGAAGAUUGGAGACUUUGGUUUGGUCACCGUCGACGAAGAUGAAAACCUGACGGACCGAACUCAAGGACCAGGAACCAAAGACUACAUGGCUCCAGAGCAGAAAAGCAGGAAAUAUGACCGUAAGGUGGACAUGUUUGCUUUGGGUUUGAUCUUCUUUGAGCUCUUGUGGAAAAUCUCCACCGUGACUGUCAGCGAAAAAACAGAGAUCUGGAGAGACAUAAGAAGCAAGAAGUUUCCCAAAGAGUUUUUACAAACCUUUUCCCAAGAGUGUAUAAUAAUAAACUCGUUGUUGUGUGAGAACCCAAGAGAUCGACAGGAAGCAAAAGAGCUGAACUCUGAGCUGGAAAGGUUGAUCUCACAAAAACGUCGUCAUCAGGAGGAUCACACCGUCUGAAUGUGGGCAGAGUGAACCUCUGACCAGCCUGAGGAGGAGAAACAGAGACCUUCAGGAGGUUUAUUAGCAGGAUUUGAUCAACUGUCAUUGAAUUUGUGGGAAUUUGUGUCAACUUGAUACACUUUAAGAGCUAAAAUUAGGAGUGAUGCAGAUAAUAAUUAAAUGCAAACAAUCUCCGUGAAAUGAAACAAGCGUAACGUCAG